AGUGACUAUUGGUGGGAAAAAUGUAAAGAAAGCUGCAAAGAUAAUAACGCACAUAAGCCAAUUAGGCAUAGGAUUCAUAGAAAGAGAAAGAUAGGGAAUUCAGAAAUGGAAUGGAGCUAUAAUCCCGUUCCUUUCCUUUUGCCCUCACAACUGUAACUUCUGCUACAUUACCAUUCUACAGUUUUCUUUACUUUUUUUUUUUUUUUUUAGUUUAUUUUAAUCAUUUUCUUCUAAAAUUCCAAAUGAUUCUCUCUCAACUUUCUUUCUUUUUCUUUUAUACAUCACCCUUAAUUCUAAACUACUUCUAAGUUCUUACUUGUUCUUUCUUUCAUUGCUAUCAUCAUCUUCUUGUAAAGGAGCAUGUUUGGAACAAAUGAUACUAAUCCUAUUCAACCUAUAUCAAUGGAGGGUGUCAGAUUGCCUUACAAUGCAAAUGUGGUACCUCAAAUGCAAUUAGAUGUUGGUUGUAAUGCUGAUGUAGUGAACAUGGCCGGGGAGAAGUACACAUCAUUCUUAAAUGUACCGGAGAUAGUAGGAAGGAGCACUUCCGUUUUCAGUCAGUAUAAGUUUCCUACAACAUCAUAUGAUAACAUUUGCCUGAAUGAUGCUGGUUUAGUCAGGAAUGUGUUGAGGCAAGUCCCUGUCUCUACUGGACUUAAGCUUGCAUAUGGAGAAGAAGAGCCAAAUACUUCCAUCUCAUCUGCUGGUGAAUGCGUAAUGCAUUCAUCGACAAUGUGCCACAAUGAUAAUCUGCUAGUAGAGUUUGCUCGGCAGAGUGAUGAAUAUGAUCAUUUCAUCAGAAUACAGGGGGAAAACCUUAGGAAGGGCAUCGCAGAACUAAACCAAAGGCACACAGUUUCUCUCUUGAAUGCUCUCGAGAAAGAAGUAAGACACAGAAUGCACGAGAAAGAUGUUGAGAUACAGAAUCACAACCAGAGAAACAAGGAGUUGAUGGAGAAAAUGAGGCAGAUCGACAUGGAAGCACAGAUGUGGCACUUGAGAGCAAAACAAAAUGAGUCUCUUGUCGAUGUCUUAAGGAACAACAUCAAUCACGUAUUUCAACAAGGCGCUGCAGCAUUGAAGGAAGAUUGUGGUGAGAGCAUGGCAGAUGAUGCUGUUUCUUCAUGCAAUCAGAAUGUUGUAGAUCCAUCGUUCAAGUCUUCGAAAGAGCUGGUGAACUGCAAAGCAUGCAAGAGUAAGGAAGUUUCUGUUCUGGUGUUGCCUUGUAGACACUUGUGCCUUUGUACAGAUUGUGAUGUUUCCAUUGAUGUUUGCCCUGUUUGUCGAGCGAACAAGGUAGGAACCUUACAAGUAUACAUGUCUUAAACUCGCGAAAAAGAAAAAAACCCACAAUUGGAUGAGUUUUUUGAUCAACAAAGUUAUAUUGUAGUUCUUGUGGGAUUUUCUUUCCUUAUCGACUUCCUCAUAUCGGCCCAUCUGUCUAUAAUACUAUUUUUCCUUGCGACGAUUUGUGUUGUACAUAAGACGAUAGGAAAUUGAGAAACUUUGUGGCUAAGCUCAUCAAAGGGAAAGGCAAUAAUCUGCCGACAAAUUUUGAAAAGAUAUCAUCC